AUAAUAGAAAUUAGAAAAGAAGAAUAUUAACUUUUAUUUAGAACUAUAAUUCGAUUUAUCUUGCAUAGAGGUUAUUUUGAUUUGUAUUAAACUUCAGAGUGAAAUAUUAUUAUUUAAUUUGAUUUUUUUAGACAUAAACAUUUGUAUUAUUUCAUUUAAAUCCUCUCCUUAAAACCUCUAAAAAUGGAUUAUAAAUAUGAACAGGCUAGUGAAGUAGAAGCUCUAGAUUCUAUUUACUGUGGUGAUAUGCAAAUUUUACAGACUGAACCAGUUCACAAGUUUAAUAUACCAAUUAAAUCGGAAACUUAUGAUGAUGGAGAUGGUCUAGCUUGUCAACUUAUUUUUACAUACACUCCAAAAUAUCCUGAAGAAGUGCCACUAAUAGAAAUAUCCAAUGAAGAAAAUUUUGGUGAAAUAGUUGAUAAAAAUGAACUGCUCAAACUACUCAAUGAACAGGGCAGAGAUAAUCUUGGUAUGGUGAUGAUUUUCACACUAGUAUCAGCUGGACAAGAGUGGCUUAAUGAGAAAUGGGAUUUGAUUAAGAAAGAGAGAGAAGAACAAGUUCUUGCUAAAAAAAGAGCAGAUGAAGAAGCUGAAAUGAAAAGGUUUGAAGGUACCAGAGUAACAGUGGAGACAUUUUUAGCAUGGAGGAAGCAGUUUGAACUUGAAAUGGGUACACCUGCUAAGAGGGAGCGAGAAGCAAAGGAUAAGAAUAAGUUGACAGGAAAAGAGUUAUUCUUACGAGACACCACACUCAAUGAGUCGGAUCUUAAAUUCUUGGAUGAUGGUGAUGCUGUUAAAGUUGAUGAAUCACUGUUUCAAGAUCUGGAUGAUCUGGAUAUUUCUGAUGAAGAUGAUGAGGAUUAUGUUCCCGGACAGAGUGGGAGUGACAGCGAUUAGCAGAUUGAUAGUGAGCUCUGAUAUUGUUAUAUAUUUAAGAUUAUUAAUAAAAAAAUCUACUUAA